AUGGUGGUGGUGUCAACAUGUAACCGCACUGAAGUCUAUGCCAUGGCUGAAAAUGCCGAUAUGGUAUUAAAUUGGCUCGCCCAAACCAAUGUUUCGCACUUAAUGCGGGUUGCCAGUGGUUUAGACUCGUUGAUGUUGGGUGAACCGCAAAUUCUUGGGCAGCCAAACGUGUACGUUCUGAAACGGCAGUCGGCAGUCAUGCUGUCUCGAUGGGAUAUGCUGUUGCCCAACUCGCAUUGCAAGUGUUUAGUAAGCCUGAACAGCUUACAGUCAUGGUGGUUGCCGCAGGUGAAAUGA